AUGGACACAUACUCGUCCGCCAUGGCUCGAGGAGCUACCCCCAGACGCUCGCCUGGCUCCGAGCAGGGCCACUACUCCAAGACAUCGCCUUCGUCUUCUGGCUCUGUCCUGGGCUCGGGAGACGCGAGCCAGGCGCCAGGUGCCCGAGUCUCGUCGGCGUCAAAGGCCUCGUCGACCAGAAGCAAUGCCGACAAGCAGCUCUCGCAGAUAGAAAAGAGUGUCACGCAUCUCCUGGUAGCGACGAAGCAGCUUCUUGAGAUGUUGACGCAGUGGUCGCGAAAACAGGCCAAGGAAACCGAAGUCUCUGAUGUAUACGUGCGGCUCGGGUACGAAUUCAACCUGGCCUGCCGGGCCUUCAGCGCCAUUGGUAUGGAUACCGCUGACCUGGGGCCCGUGCCUGACCUGCUACGCACCAUCCUCGAGGAUACGCUCAGCCAGGAUGCCUCACCCCAGAGCCUCGACCGAUACCUGCCCAAGAUCCGAGAUAUCAUCAUCAACCUCCUCCACGGCCUCAAGAGGAAACAGGCAAAGCUACGGUCUCGACAGGCAAAGGAAGGUAAAGCGUUACCUCCGCGGCAAGGAAGCUCCGGGAGCUUUGAACUCGGUGAUGGAGCCCCCCAGCAACAGGGUCUAGAACAUUCCUCCUCGACUGCCACACAAUCGCCCCAGAAACGGUCCAUGGGCAGCCAUCGUCAGGUGGGAGGGCCCUACGAUGAAGACCAGGUUUCCGUCUCAUCUCGUACCAAGUCUCCCUCCCCCUGGCCGGGUGACCGUCCUGCAGGGGCCAGCUUUUCUGAGCGGGAAGCAGGCAGGCAGGAGGCCCAACGGUCCCUCGUCCAGUCGUCAGCCACCACCUCGUCUUCACUGUCGAGCUUCACAAUGCAGAACAUGCCUGUCGUGCCGCCACAUGGCGACCCAGAAACACAGCAGCAGCAGCAGCCCAAACGGCCCGAGUCUCCCUCUUAUAACGCAAAUAACUUCCCCCACCCACCGCCUCCUCUUCCUCCCACUUCAAAGCAAAACGACGCCAUCGGCAUGUUACAGAGAAGCGGCGAGCUCGAGAGGCGAGCUUCACGCAGGUUUUCUGCUUAUCAGAUUCAGAAACACCUUGGCGGCUCACCCAGCGGCAUCCCGGUCCUCCCUCCAGCGCAGAACUCGCCCAUUCCAAACCGGGGCCAGGAUGUGCGUGAGUCCAUGAACGCCGUCCGUCUACGAGGGCCCCACUUGCACGACCGCCAACGGUCGAGAAAUCGGCUUGCCGGCGCCUCCUUGGAUAAAACUGCAUCUCCGGCUAGCCACGACGCCGCGGCGGCGCACAUUAAGCUAGAUCCGAAUGCGGCUGAGUCCGUGGCGUCUAGCCCCUUAGCAAGAACACCAACCGAUAAGCUUCGAUCCCAAAGAGAGUUUGAUAGCCCAUCUGCUCCAGGCUCAUCAUUGCCGGGAGGUCUACCACAAAUUGCCGAACAGGACUCGUUGUCACCUCCACAAGAGCACAGAAAAGCUGAUGGCCAUGCUCCAAUACCUCGGAGCCACCUAGAUAAGCCGCUCCCAUCUCCUUCUACACCUCUACAGUCCCACAGACCGGACUAUACCCCAGAACACUCCCCGCCCCCAACAAAAGAUCUCACCCUGUUUCUACAGUACAAGAGCAAAAUAAAGAAGUACGUUCUUCCCGAGGGCUACUCUGGCCUAACCAUAGCCCGGCUCCAGCUUGCUUUUAUCGAAAAAUUUGCAUGGAACACCCAUAGCAACGGCGCAGACCUGCCCGAGAUAUAUAUACAAGAUCCCGUCUCUGGUAUUCGUCAUGAACUCGAAGACCUGCGGGAUGUCAAAGAUAGAUCUGUCCUUGUGCUUAACGUUGAGGUUUUGGACGAAGUUAGAAAGCAUUUUGACGAGAGUGUUGGAGGCAUUCGAAGCAUCGUCGAGAGCGUCAGGGAUGUCAUUGACGGACAUGGCACCUCGAUCCAACGCCUUAUUGACCGCCAGCAGGAAACCUCAAAGGAGAUAUCACGGCUUGCUGCUCCUGGUGGCAUGUCGGCUGCCCUUCCUGGCUCAAGACCAGCCGCUGGCGGCGCAGGAGGCAAAACUUCCGAGAUCCAAGCCCUGCGUGACGACCUUGCCUCCCUCCGCCAGACAUAUUCGACAUUCUCGUCGGAUAUCACCUCGUCCAUGGCAAAUAUCCGAGCCAAGGCAAAACAGGUCAAGUCUGCGGCUGUAGAUGCAGUCGUUCCCUCGUUCGAAGGUGGCUCUGGCGCCGGCCACGCACGUGUCCAGGCGGGCAAGAAAGAACUCGCUGAUGAAUCAGAGAAACUGGUCGCUCGUGUGGAUGACCUGCAAGACCUUGUUGAAGACCUACGCAAGGAUGUGGUCACUCGUGGAGUCAGACCAUUACCACGCCAGCUCGAGGCCGUUGGCCGAGACAUCAGCGCGGUGACCAAGGAGCUCAAGAAGAUGCAAGACUUCCUGAAACGCGAGAAACCCAUCUGGACCAAGAUCUGGGAGAAAGAACUCCAACUCGUUUGCGAAGAGCGAGACCAGCUGACUAUGCAAGAGGAUCUCGCCGUAGAUCUAGAAGACGACCUCGAAAAGGCCACGCAGACUUUCGCUCUCGUUGAGCAGGCUACCAAACAACAAGCUCUUGAAAGUUCGGGAUCAAACCCCAACAACAUUGCUGUGCGCAACGUGUCACGGACUCUUAACCCGAACAUCGACCCUGCAGAUGCAAAGGACAGCGUGCUCGGUGAAGUUCGUGCUCUUCAACCCAACCACGAAUCCCGCCUGGAGGCCAUUGAGCGAGCCGAAAAGGCACGCCAGAAAGAACUAGAGAGCCGGCGAGGCGGCGAGUUCCAAAAGGAAUUAAGCAAUUUCGUGGGCGCUAAUAAGCUCAAGAGUACGGGCGGCUUCGAGGAGCUCGAACGAGUCCGUAAGGAGAAAGAAGAGAGCAUCCGAAGAGAAGUCUGGGAGCGCAUGCAGGGCCUCCUCCCAGCCGAACCAGAGAUGAUUGCCGCCAACGGCGAAAAUGAGGAGCCAGAGCAACUCGAAUCCAACUCUGCAGACGACCAACAUGCACCGCCCAGCGAUGAUGUCGAAGAGAAAAAUGAUGCCCCAGAUACUAACGAUGAUGCUGCCCAUGCCGGUGGCAAACGUGACUCUACGGGCAACCAGUCUGAUAGACGUUCUUCAGGCCAUCGAUUAUCCGAUACACCUGUUUCAUCCGGUAAAAAGCGCUCCUCCUGGCUCACUGCCAUCUUCUCCUCCUAA